AUGGCUGCGUCGAUCUCAACUGUCGCGGAGACCCAGGAGCUCCGUAGUCUGAAUCUCAUCGCUGCUCAUUCGCACAUCAGGGGACUUGGUGUCGAUGCAGACUCUCUGCAACCCAGGACAUCUUCUCAGGGCCUUGUAGGCCAGGAGAAAGCGCGGAAGGCGGCCGCAGUCAUACUACAGAUGGUCAAGGAAGGAAAAAUCGCUGGUCGGGCUGUUCUUAUCGCAGGACCCCCCAGCACCGGAAAGACAGCGAUCGCAAUGGGUAUGGCACAAUCCCUCGGAUCUGACGUCCCUUUUACUAUGCUCGCAGCGUCGGAAAUCUUCUCGAUGGAAAUGUCAAAGACAGAAGCACUCACACAAGCCUUCCGGAAAUCCAUUGGUGUUCGGAUCAAGGAGGAAAGUGAGAUAAUUGAGGGUGAGGUUGUGGAAAUCCAGAUCGACCGGAGUGUCACUGGUGGCAACAAACAAGGAAAGCUUACGAUCAAGACCACCGAUAUGGAAACCAUCUACGAUAUGGGAACAAAAAUGAUCGACUCAAUGACCAAAGAGCGAGUGAUGGCUGGAGAUGUGAUUUCCAUCGACAAGUCAUCGGGCAAGAUUACCAAACUUGGGCGGUCGUAUGCUCGUUCUCGAGACUAUGAUGCGAUGGGUGCCGACACCAAAUUCGUUCAAUGUCCCGAGGGUGAGCUCCAGGUCCGCAAGGAGAUUGUACACACUGUUAGCCUUCACGAAAUUGAUGUCAUCAACUCCCGGACACAAGGGUUCCUGGCCCUUUUCUCAGGCGACACAGGCGAGAUCCGCAGCGAAGUCAGAGACCAAAUCAACACAAAGGUGGCCGAAUGGAAGGAAGAGGGCAAGGCGGAGAUCAUCCCUGGCGUAUUGUUCAUCGAUGAAGUUCACAUGCUGGACAUUGAAUGCUUUUCUUACGUCAACCGCGCCCUGGAGGCGGAGCUUGCGCCAAUUGUGAUCAUGGCCAGCAACCGUGGUCAAGCGCGGAUCCGGGGAACAACAUACACUUCGCCCCACGGCCUUCCUCUUGACUUCCUCGACCGCGUCGUCAUCGUCAGCACACAGCCUUACUCCGCCGAUGAGAUCCGGCAAAUCUUGGCGAUCCGAGCACAGGAAGAAGAGAUCGACCUGUCGCCGGAUGCCCUGGCACUAUUGACGAAGAUCGGCCAGGAGUCGAACCUUCGUUAUGCCAGCAAUAUUAUCACUACUUCUCAUCUCCUUAGCCAGAAACGGAAGGCCAAGGAAGUCAGUAUCGACGAUGUGCAGCGAAGCUACAAGCUGUUCUAUGAUCCCGCUCGAAGCGUGAAGUUCGUCGAUGCCUAUGAACAGCGGUUCAUUGGUGACAAAGGUGCUGUGAGCUUUUCUGCUCCCACGAACGGUGAUGCCAUGGAGAUUUCUUGA